AUGAAGCUCGUCCUCCUUACAACAAUCUUUGCUGCUGGGUGUUUGGCAGGACCCCUCGCUCAAAAGACAGACUCAGGCGAUGGCGUUUCACCCCAAAAUACGAUCAGCUACAUCGACAUCGCUCCCGCGGAGUUUGAGCCGGCAAACGUAAACUUGACAACUUUAGCAUCGCGGGAUACGCUCCCAGCCCAAGGUUGCCCAGCAGGGCAGACUUAUGAUCGCUCGGUAUGCUUCAAAUCCAACAUCAUUCGUAGCUUUUGCGUCGCCAAUCCUCGGAGCAACCGUGAGAAGAUUACGGACACACCCUGCGGUUACCACGAAGUUUGUGUACAGCGCACUCUUAGCACUGGAAAAAGCUAUGCUAAAUGCAUCCCAAUCGUUGAUCUUGUCUCAUGGAAGACAAGUCCGGCUGGGAACCAAGAAGGCUGUACUACUGCCACAGUCAAAUCUGGCGGAGUCCACCAUCUUGGCACAAUCGUCUACGAUAGAAAUUCGAAUCCAAUCCAAGUUGACAAGAUCAGCUAUCUUGGAGAACCCGGUAAUAUUGAUGAAGGAAUUGGCGGAGCAGUGUCGGCCUUCAGUAGCAAUCUCUUUAGCUUUGCCGGGGGUCGUUAUAUCAAAGCCUGCAUCUUUAGCGGUGGCUUUGGGAAUUUGAACGCCUAUACCUGGUCUUGGAGCUAA